CUGACUGCACUUCAUCAUCUGAGGCGGAGCCGACGACGAGGAAGAAGCUGUCAAAACACUGCAAGGCCCUUAGAGUCGGCAUUUAAACAUGUAUUGGUUAUGAUCCAAACUUGCACCUUAAAUUCUUUACAUAUGCUGUUAAGAUAAGUGGUCAUCCCUCAUGUUCUACCAAAACCAAAUGACUUGCUUUCUUUGGUGGAAAAUGGACGAAGAUAUCUGAGAAAUGUCCAUACAAUGGAAGUCAAUGGGAACCACGAUUAUUUGUUUGGUCUGUCUCUCCAUUUUCCUUCACAGGAGUACAUAAAGCUCUGCAAUGUCUCAGCCUGAGCAUCUCAACGUGAGCCCCUGGGGCUUGUCUGAGUUUUUGGUCCAGAGGAGGUUGCUUGGUUUUGGGGCGCUGCUGGCCUGGAUGGUCUUGUUCCACCUGCUGAUCAACGUUUGGCUCCUGUGCGUCUUCACAAGCCUCUUAGUGGUCUUAGGUGGUUGGCUUGGUUCCCAGGCUGUCCUGGACUCAGACAGCGUUGUUCACCUAGAGCGCUUUGUAAGGCUGGAGGAGAUCCCGCACAGUGCCGAGAGCGAGCGACAACUGGAAGAUGAGAUCCAGAAGACAGUUGGCAAGAUCAUACGAGACUUUGUCACCUCAUGGCACGGCACCAUUUCCAAAGAAAAAGAGUUUGAGGAUGAGGUGCACAAUGCCAUGAUCUCCAUGGCAUUGGAGCUGAAGAGUCGAGUGGCAAGAGUUGAUAGGAAAGCUUUAUCUCAGAGGGUUUUAGACCUAUCUGGAUGCCACCUUCAGUGUUAUUUGACCGCCAAGGAAGCCAUUAAACAUCAAGGGAUGGACAAAGAUGGAGAUCUCUGGGACGCGUACAGCAAACUCGGCCCUCCUCAUCCCGCUCUUCAGAGCUCUGCUGUCGAGGUGAAUUACGUACGGGCCAUUGUAGAUCUGCUUCUCCAUGUCCUUGUACCUCCUCCACAUUUAGAAACCCGAACAGGUCGAUUUGUGGUGGGCGAACUUAUAAUGUGCAACGUUCUGCUGCCUUUAAUUGCAAAACUGUCCGACCCAGACUGGCUAAACAUGUUGAUCGUAAGCAUCUUCACUAAAUCCAGCGAACCAGCCCCAGAGCCAGAACCAGCAGUUCAAGUUCAAGCUCCACCACAAGUCCUAUCUCCUCAAGAAAACACACUGCAAGAGCUUGAAAUUCCUCGCGUUCUGACCCUAAAAGUCACCCCAGAGACCCCUACAGCAAUGGAGGCCCCAACUCCAGAACUUGCAGCUUAUGAUGUCAUUGACUCCGCUGAUCUUUAUUCUCCACACAACCUGGAGGAAGACGAACCACGGUCGACCAAACCGUUUCCGUUGGGUUUUAGCCCCAGGGAUUAUCUGAGACUCUGUAAGACCAAUCCGUUCUAUCAAGAAACCGACUCUGAUUUGGAAUCUCCUCUAUCGGAUUUCAAGCAGAGCUCCCUAGAAACGCUGGUUCUGAUUGGUUCAGAGGAGACCCUUUCUGAAAGACUUGACGAAUGCACCACUCCAGUUGACGCUGUGUUAGACUUCGAGGAUGAACUUCCAACUUCCAAUAAUACGAAAGAGAAGGAGCUAUCAGUACAUUCCGCAGGUGUGUCCGAGGAAGAGCCAUCGAGCUUUUGCACGCUGGAGAAGAGUAACUCGAGUGCAGACCAGCCAGGCCUGGUGUACCCCAGUGAGCUGGCUUUGACCGCACCCGUCCAGGCUUCUUCACCAGGUGGGAUGGCAUCCCUGGCACCUUUCAACUUCGAGCCCCUCAGCAGCCCAGAGGGUCCGGUCAUUAUCCAGAACCUCCGCAUCACUGGCACCAUCACUGCUAAGGAGCACCGAGGCACUGGCUCACAUCCCUACACUCUCUACAGCGUGAAGUAUGAGACAGCCAUAGACUCGGAGAAUCCUGAAUCCUUGCAGCCCAUGGCCUAUCACACCGUCAGCCGACGCUACAGCGAAUUCCUCAACCUUCAGACCCGUUUGGAGGAGAAACCAGAAUUCCGCAAGAUUCUUAAAAAUGUGAAAGGACCAAAGAAAAUAUUUCCUGAGCUUCCAUUUGGAAACAUGGACUGUGACAAAGUGGAGGCCAGGAAAGGUCUUUUGGAAACAUUCCUUAGACAACUUUGUGCCAUUCCUGAAACGGCCAACAGUGAGGAAAUGCAAGAAUUUCUCGCUCUAAACACUGAUGCAAGAAUUGCCUUUGUAAAGAAACCCUUCAUUGUUUCACGCAUAGACAAGAUUGUGGUGAAUGCUAUAGUGGACACUCUGAAGACGGCCUUCCCUCGCUCAGAACCACAGAGUCCCACUGAUGAAAUUGACGCAGAGCCUGAUGGGAAAUCGUCCACUGACAAGAAAUCCAAGUCUCGAAUGAGGUUCUCUAGUAAAACUGGCCCUGCUCUCAACGUGUCUGACAUGAAACCAAAAGUGGUUUACUGCUUUGAUGAAAGCAGCUCUGUUUUCAAUGGCUUCUCUUUGAAUGAGCUGGAGAGCUUCAUCUCAGAGAAGGAGCGUUUUGAAGCUAAAGCAGGGUUUUAUGCUGAUGCAGAGAGAAGUGGAGCACCUAAAUGGAAUACGAAAACAUGCGCAUGUGCCAAAGCACAGCUACAGAAUGCACCCGCCUCCAGUGACUCUGCUAGUGAGAUGGCUCUAUCUGACCAGGCCCUGAAUAUCCUGUGUAUGCUCAUGAAGGAUCAGUGGAGCUGGCUCUGCACAGAGAACAUCCAGAGGACCAUCAGUCUGCUGUUUGGGACCCUCAUUGAAAGGUGGCUGGAGGUGGGUGUUGUUAACCUGACCUGUACGCAGUAUUGGGUGAUUUAUCUGCGGGUGCUGCAGGAGGCCAUCUGGCCUGGAGGAAGUCUGCCGGCUCAACCCAGACCCCAACGCAGCCAGCAGCAGAAAGACGAGAGCAGAGCGCAGGCUCUGCAGUGCCUUAUGAAACUACUGCCAGAUCUGAUCUCUGAUAUGUUGGGCUCUGAGAAGUACAAGAUAUCUUGGCAGACGGUUGUGGAUUCUUUUCAGGACCCCACCAUAAACAGGCAUCUUGUGUACUGCAUCUGGGAUCUGCUAAUCGAGUUUCUCGUCCCUGAGGCAUCUGAUGGGGACUUUCAGAAAACACUUCUGCACAGCCUGUCCAAAAAUGCUGAGAAGCUGCCACCAUAGGUGUGCUGGGGGUGGACUGGAGACGCUAAAUACACUUGUAUAUAUACAUACAUAUAUACAUACUUAUCACAUACUAACGUGUGAUAAGUUAAAGUGUUAGGCAGGAACAUGUAAUCAAGAAAGUGAGUAUUUGGAUUCAUGACAGCAUGUGUCUGGCACCAAUUUGGUCUCCCUGUUUCUGGGACACAUGCGCACAUCCGUGCAGACAUUGAUUAAUGGCCACCUGUUUUGUGUUUUAUCAAACCACAAGUCCAAUCUCUAAAGCCCGACAUACCGGAUCUGAAUUAGUCGCAAGUUCUCCAACUUUUAUCCACGUUGUUCCUGCUUCAGCUUUGGGCAAAGCUCUUACAGAUGGUCUGCACAGAUCAUUUCUGCACCAUCCUAUUAUGUGUUUCCGGCCUUUCGGUCUCGAUAAACCUUGACUUUACACACAUUCCCUUCUUGUGCACAUAUGCACUUGAUCAUUUUGCUUCUAGCCUUUUUCAGAGAUGCUUUAAGAGGCUGUAUUGACCUUAUCUCUCGAAGUAAGAAAGCCUGUUCUUCCACAAGUUUCCUCUUUUAAGUAUGAAGUUCAUCACAUCUGCGUCUGGUGUCACGGUAAUGCUGUACGUGCUUUGUGUGCUUUCAGCCAACUUGUGAAGCCUUUAAAUGUAAUUUCUCUAUUCACAACCUCUAAUUAAGUGGUUAGAUGCCUCUACGGAAAAAGAAAAGGUCAUGUUGAUUCAGCAAAAAUGGCCAGUUUUCAGCAUCUGUCUUAUUUACUCUGUUAUUGAAGUAUGCAUAUACGUUUUCUUAAAGAGAUAGUUCACCCAAAAAGGACAUUCCAAUUCUGUAUUGCUUCUUUUUUGUGGAAUAUAAAGGAUUUUUUGAGAUAUGUCUUUUUUCCCUUAUAAUGGAAGUCAGUAGUCACCAAAACUGUUUGGUUACCAAAAUGUAAAAAAUGUCCUGUGUUUUGCAGCAAAAAAGGUUUGGAAACCAUUUUUGGGUGAACUACUCCUUUAAAUAGGUUUAUUUCUUUACAAAGCAGCUGAGUUCUAACAAAUAUUAGAAUAUUACAUGGUUCUGGUUUGUGGGUUACUUUUCUUAGAAUUCUAGCACAAUAAAAUGAUGUCUUAAUUGCCUUAAAGGGCCCUAUCAUACACCCGGCACAAGGUGUGGCACAAGUGUUUUUGCUAGUUUCAGCCCGACGCAGUACUCAUUUUCCCGUCCUGUGCCGCAUUGUUUAAAUAGCAAAUGCAUUUGUGACCAUGGGCAUACUGGUCUAAAAAAGAGGUGUGUUAAGGCGCAUUGUUGGCGCGGUGCUAUUUUGAGGAACUGAAAAUAGACUGCACCAUAGACCAACUCAAACCUAGUCUUAAGUCAACGGUGCAAUAUUUUUUUGGUUAUUUAAAGAGUGCGUUAGUAGAAAAUGCGCCUUUGGACAGGUCCACAACAUACGUUCUCUUUGCUUAUUACACACAGGGAUGCGCAACAGCACACAAACAUUUUUAAAUAUGAAACAAUAAAAGAUUAAAAUAUAAAAGAUUAUUAUUGUGUACAUAAAUAUAAAAAUGGCUACAUAUCAUAAUGGAUAGUCAUUGAAUGUAUUAGAAUUAGGCUACCUUUUUGCUACCUUUUUGAACGCCGUGUAAAUAGCAAAUCUGCCAUGGCACGAGUACAACUGCCUCUUAAAGGGAAUGGGAGAUGAUAUUCUGAUUGGUUUAUUGCACGUUACGCCGAAAAAACACCCAUUACUUAUUAAGAGAAUAGGGACAACCCGUUUAGACCAUGCACCUGGGCACGCAGACUGUUUUCCCGUCAUUAAACUAGCAUAAGUGGAUUCGGACACGCCCUGAGUUCACCUGCACCAUGCGCUUUAGACUAUGCGCUUAGAUCGUUAAAACAGAGCCCAAUGUGUAUAACAAACAAAACUAUCAAUUGGAUGCACAUGUAACUCUCAAAAAGAAUGAAAUCCUUGUCAUUCCUUAAAGAGAUAGUUCACCCAAAAAUUAAAAUUCUGUCAUUAAUAAUAAUGUCGUUCCAAACCCGUAAAAUCUUCAUUCAUCUUUAGAGCACAAACUAAGAUAUUUUUGAUGAAAUCCGAGAGCUCUCUGACCCUGCAUAGAGAGCUAUGUAACUGAAAUGUUUCCAGACCCAGAAACGUAGUAAGGACAUUGUUAAAACAGAAGCUAUAAAAAUACUUUUGUGUGCAAAGAACAGUUCUUCUCCUCCAAAUCACACAUUUUCAUUUUUGGGUGAACUAUCCCUUUUAUAAAAUGUGUAAUUAGUUUCCAAAUCUUACAAGUAAUACUGUCCAAUUUUUUAGUAGCAUUAAUAUGUCAUCUAGUUACCAUUCCACUUGCACAAACUACCUAGUAGUUGCGUAAAAUGGUCUUGUCCUUUCCGUAUGUGACUUGUGGCUUGAGCUCAAUGCAUGCAGAUUUAGAUUGAGGUUCUGCACUGUGAGCCCUGUUGCCCAGUAUGCAUUAGAGUGGCUUAAUGGCUUUGUUACACUGUACUUGUGCUUAAAACGCUGAAUGUUGCACUAUUUGUAAUUUUUUAAGUGAUUUGGUCGUAUAUGUUGUAGGCCUUAUGUUGUUGUGAUUUAUGUCAUUGAAUUAAGAAGAGAUGCAUUUUAAAAUGUCACUUAUUUUUUAAAGUGCUUUCAGUUUCGGUUGGCAUGUUACACUCAUUUGUAUUAACUUAUUCAAACUUUAAUGUGAUUCAGUUUGCAUUUAAAACAGGAAUACAACUGGUACCAAAAAACAAAAACAAAAAAAACAUACUAAGAUAUAUAUUAAAUGAUGCAAACAAAUCUACCAAAA